AAAUCGCCGCAGUGGCAGUGCCAGACCCCGCUCCCGGCCGCCGCUGUGUGUGCGGGGCGCGCAAAGCUUUGGUGGAAAUGUGUUCAGCCCUUGCCCUGCUCCGCGGGCUGUGAUCCCCCCGCACGCGUGGGAAGAGCAGCCCGGUAACCCCCGAGCCGCGGAGAUCGUGUGUGUGAUCCGUGCGAGGCCACGCGUUCCUAAGGAGCUCAGGGAGAGCCGAGCAUCCUGAGCGGCACAUUCCCGGCGGAUCCCGGGAUCCUCCGGCCGAGGGACCCGGCUGCAGCCCCUCGGCACGCUCCCCUCCGAGAGAUAAAGAAGCCCGCGCGCCGUCGGCGGGGAUGCCGGUGAAGCGGGCGGGCUGCCUCCGCCUCCCAGCCCGGCGCGGGACCCGCGGCUGACCGCAGGCUGCAAUGUUCCCCGCUCCAGGCGAUGCCCAGCCCUGCCCGCCCCGCUCCUAGGCUGCCUUCCCGGCGGUGACAUUCCCGCUUUCCUGCUGCUGGCAGAGCAGCGCCCCGAGCAUGCCGCAGGAAGCCCCUCGGCAGCCGAAGCCCAGGGGAGUUUUCCAGUGAGUCCCGCUCCCUGAAAGCCAGAGUUGCCCUUUCCCAGCCCGGCGUUGGGAAGCGCCUCCGACAGCGAAUUCCCCUGCCCAGCGGGUGUCGAGGUCCUGGAGGAGGGGGCUGCCAUGGAAGAGAAUGUGUUCAGCGUGCAGCAGAUCCAGCCCAACGUCAUCUCGGUGAGGCUCUUCAAGCGCAAGGUGGGCGGCCUCGGCUUCCUGGUGAAGGAGCGCGUCAGCAAACCGCCCGUCAUCAUCUCGGACCUGAUCCGGGGCGGGGCUGCCGAGCAGAGUGGCCUCGUCCAGGCUGGGGACAUCAUUCUGGCCGUCAAUGGCAGGCCCCUGGUGGACAUGAGCUAUGAGACGGCGCUGGAGAUCCUGAGAAGCAUCGCCUCCGAGACCUACGUGGUCCUCAUCCUGCGCGGCCCCGAGGGCUUCACCACUCACCUGGAGACCACCUUUGCGGGCGACGGGACGCCCAAAACCGUCCGUGUCACCAGACCCCUGUGCCCGGCUCCCAAGGCGGUUGACUUGUCCAACCCAAGCGCUCCCAGCAAAGAGCAGCCGCUGCCAGCAGCCAUGGGAUCGCUGUGGGCCAGGGAAGCGGGGAAGGAGGUGGAGCCCGUGGUCCACGUUAACGGCGUCGUUCCCGGCAGCAAAGGGCCGGAGGGCGGCAAGGGCAGGGACGGGGCUUGUGGUCACUCCUGUCUCAACGGCGGCGUGGAAGACAACGAGCUGCUCAAAGAGAUCGAGCCCGUCCUGGACCUGCUGAAGAGCAGCAGUAAGGACAGCGGUGGAGAUGCGCCCUCCAAGGUAGAGACACGGGAUAUAGAAGUCCAGGUGGACUGUUUCAGGGAAGGGGAGAACAGUCCCCAGAAAGCUUUGCCGGCUCGGAUGGAGAACGAUCGUGUCCCGGGGGACCUGUGGGGGAAGAGCAACGUCCCCGUGGUCCUGAACAGCCCCUACUCCAAGGCAGAGCAGCCGCCGCCAUCCGGGCGCCAGUCCCCGACCAAGAACGCCCCCAACGGGAGCCCUUCCAAAUGCCCCCGCUUCGUGAAAAUCAAGAACUGGGAGACGGGCUCCGUGCUCCACGACACCCUGCACCUCAAGACUGCCAUGGCCACGGCGUGCACCGAGCAGAUCUGCAUGGGCUCCGUGAUGACGCCCAGCCCCCACAUCCGCAAGUCAGAGGACACCAGGACCAAGGAGGAGGUGCUGCUCCUGGCCAAGGACUUCAUUGACCAGUACUACUCCUCCAUAAAGAGAUCCGGCUCCAAGGCCCACAUGGAGAGGCUGGAGGAGGUGACCAAGGAGAUUGAGGCCACUGACACCUACCAGCUGCGGGACACGGAGCUGAUCUACGGGGCCAAGCACGCCUGGAGGAACGCGGCGCGCUGCGUGGGCAGGAUCCAGUGGUCCAAGCUGCAGGUGUUUGAUGCCCGGGACUGCACCACGGCCCACGGGAUGUUCAAUUACAUCUGCAACCACAUCAAGUACGCCACCAACAAGGGGAACCUCAGGUCUGCCAUCACCAUCUUCCCGCAGCGCACGGACAGCAAGCACGACUUCCGCAUCUGGAACGCGCAGCUGAUCCGCUACGCCGGCUACAAACAGCCCGACGGCUCCGUGCUGGGGGACCCCGCCAACGUGGAGCUCACCGAGAUCUGCAUCCAGCAAGGCUGGAAGGCUCCGUACGGGCGCUUCGAUAUCCUGCCCCUGCUCCUCCAAGCCAACGGCAACGACCCCGAGCUCUUCGAAAUCCCGCCAGAGCUCGUGCUGGAAGUGCCCAUCCGACACCCCAAGUUUGAGUGGUUUAAGGACCUGGGCCUGAAGUGGUAUGGGCUGCCAGCCGUUUCCAACAUGCUCCUGGAGAUCGGGGGCUUGGAGUUCUCCGCCUGCCCCUUCAGCGGCUGGUACAUGGGCACGGAGAUCGGCGUCCGCGACUACUGCGACAACUCCCGCUACAACAUCCUGGAGCAAGUGGCCAAGAAAAUGAACCUGGAUAUGAGGAAAACGUCCUCGCUGUGGAAGGACCAGGCCCUGGUGGAGAUCAACAUCGCUGUGCUCUACAGCUUCCAGAGUGACAAGGUGACCAUCGUGGAUCACCACUCGGCCACCGAGUCCUUCAUCAAGCACAUGGAGAACGAGUACCGGUGCCGGGGGGGCUGUCCCGCCGACUGGGUCUGGAUCGUCCCGCCCAUGUCGGGCAGCAUCACCCCCGUCUUCCACCAGGAGAUGCUCAACUACCGCCUGACGCCCUCCUUUGAGUACCAGCCGGACCCCUGGAACACCCACGUGUGGAAAGGGGUCAAUGGGACACCCACCAAGAAGAGGGCCAUUGGCUUUAAGAAGCUGGCAAAGGCUGUGAAGUUCUCAGCCAAGCUGAUGGGCCAAGCCAUGGCCAAGAGGGUCAAGGCCACCAUCCUGUACGCCACGGAAACGGGGAAGUCCCAGGUCUAUGCAAAAACCCUCUGUGAGAUCUUCAAACACGCCUUCGAUGCCAAGGUGAUGUCCAUGGACGAGUACGACGUGGUGCACCUGGAGCACGAGACCAUGGUCCUGGUGGUCACCAGCACCUUUGGCAACGGGGACCCGCCUGAGAACGGAGAGAAAUUCGGCUGUGCAUUAAUGGAGAUGAAGAAUCCCAACUCCAACCUGGAGGAGAGGAAGAGCUACAAGGUGCGCUUCAACAGCGUCUCCUCCUACUCGGACGCGCGGAAAUCCUCCACUGAUGGCCCUGACUCCAGGGACAACUUCGAGAGCACGGGGCCCCUGGCAAACGUCAGGUUCUCCGUGUUUGGGCUGGGCUCCAGGGCUUACCCCCACUUCUGCGCCUUCGCCCGCGCCGUGGACACGCUGCUGGAGGAGCUGGGGGGAGAGAGGAUCCUCCGCAUGGGAGAAGGGGACGAGCUCUGUGGCCAGGAGGAAUCCUUCAGGACCUGGGCCAAGAAGGUCUUCAAGGCAGCGUGUGACGUGUUCUGCGUGGGGGACGACGUCAACAUCGAGAAAGCCAACAACUCCCUGAUCAGCAACGACCGCAGCUGGAAGAGGAGCAAGUUCCGCCUGACCUACGUGGCUGAGGCCCCCGAGCUCACACAAGGACUGUACAGCAUCCACAAGAAACGUGUCUAUGCAGCCCGGCUCCUCACACGCCAGAACCUGCAGAGCCCCAAGUCCAGCCGCCUGACGAUUUUCCUGCGCCUGCACACCAACGGGCACCAGGAGCUGCAGUACCAGCCCGGGGACCACCUGGGCGUCUUCCCGGGCAACCACGAGGACUUGGUCAAUGCCCUCAUCGACAGGCUUGAGGAUGCCCCUCCGACCAACCAGCUGGUGAAGGUGGAGCUGCUGGAGGAGAGGAGCACGGCUCUAGGUGUCAUCAGUAACUGGACAGACGAGAACCGUGUCCCACCCUGCACCAUCUUCCAGGCCUUCAAGUACUACCUGGACAUCACCACCCCUCCCACCCCGCUGCUGCUGCAGCAGUUCGCUCUGCUGGCCACCAAUGACAAGGAGAAGAAACGUCUGCAGGUCCUCAGCAAGGGCUUGCAGGAGUAUGAGGAGUGGAAGUGGUCCAAGAACCCCACGAUCGUGGAGGUGCUGGAGGAGUUCCCCUCGGUGCAGAUGCCCUCCACGCUGCUGCUCACCCAGCUGCCCCUCCUGCAGCCUCGCUACUACUCCAUCAGCUCGUCCCCAGAGAUGUACCCAGGAGAGGUGCACCUCACCGUGGCUGUGGUGUCCUACCGCACCCGAGAUGGAGAGGGACCAAUCCACCACGGAGUGUGCUCCUCAUGGCUCAGUCGGAUCCAGACAGAUGAAGUGGUGCCCUGCUUUGUACGAGGUGCCCCCGGGUUCCACCUGCCCCAGGACCCCCAGGUGCCCUGCAUCCUCAUCGGCCCCGGCACCGGCAUCGCCCCUUUCCGCAGCUUCUGGCAGCAGCGGCUCUUCGACAUCCAGCACAAAGGGCUGAAGCCGUGUCCCAUGGUGCUGGUGUUUGGCUGCCGGCAGUCCAGGAUUGACCACAUCUACAAGGAGGAGACGCUCUUUGCCAAAAGCCAGGGUGUCUUCAGAGAGCUGUACACGGCCUAUUCCCGGGAACCCGACAAACCAAAGAAAUACGUGCAGGACGUGUUACAGGAGCAGCUGGCCCAGACCGUGUUCAAAGCACUGAAGGAGCAGGGAGGCCACAUCUACGUCUGCGGGGAUGUCACCAUGGCUGGGGACGUCCUCAAGGCCGUGCAGCUCAUCGUGAGGCAGCAGGGCCAGCUGUCAGCAGAGGAGGCAGGAGCCUUCCUCAGCAAGCUGCGGGAUGACAGCCGGUACCACGAGGAUAUUUUUGGAGUCACCCUGCGCACGUACGAGGUGACAAACCGCCUUAGAUCCGAGUCCAUCGCGUUCAUCGAGGAGAGCAAAAAAGACACGGAUGAGGUUUUCUGCUCCUAACUGGACCCUUCGCCCCCAGGGGAUGCCAAACCAGUCCCAGCACCUGCUGCCCCCUCCAGCUGGAGGGCACUGGGUUUUGUAUUUCACGGACACGCUGGCUCCUUUCCCAGGGGAACUGCCCAUGGAAAGCGCUCUGUCUCUCGUCCUGUUCUUGUGUCCUGAUGAUGAUGAUGAUGAUGACUUUUAUUUCCUUUCCUUCCUCCUUCUCUUGCUCUUGUCCUGUGGCCAUUUCUUUUCACUUCCUUCCCUUUCCCUGGAUUUCCCCACUGGAGUUUGAUGGCUUUAUAACCUGCAGUGGCUCUUUUCAGAAUUCCACACUUCCCUUCCUUCCCGUGAGGGCAUUUUGCAGCUGCAUGAAAUCACCACCUUUGUGAUCAUUUUUGGGAGUUCCUGGGGGUGAGCAGAGGUGGCAGGGGCUGGGCAAUGGCGAGGUCUUGUUGCUUGCCCAGAGCUGGGGGUUGUUCCUGCCAGGCUCCCUCUUUCCCUGCUCGGGGCUUGGCUGAAUCCUUGUGUUUCCAUGGCUUUCCUCUGGAUUUGGACAAACCUGGGCACAUGACCGAGGCUGGGGGCAGAUGAUGUGCAAUUCCCUUGAAUUUUAUUCAUCCCCAAGCAGCCUGGGUACAGCUGUGUGGUUUUUGAUCUGAUUUACAUGUCACGAUUGCUCCUAAACGGGCCCUGCUUUGUCUCUCUUCUCUCUUCUCCUGCUCUCUUUUCAUUUUCCCUCUGAGCCUCUCCUUUUGCUCACUCCCAACUUUUGCUGGCAUGGAAAUUCUCCCACAAGCUCUGAGCACACAGGCUGUUGUGCAAGCCAAGGAAAAGCUCCUGGCAGUGACUUCUCCAGGGGGUUUUCCAGGGAAUAUCUGAUCUGCAGCCACGCUGGCUGCACCCAGAGCUUUGCACACCCUGAUCCCUCUCCCAGGUGAGCCUGGAAAGACACGAGGAUGGGACAGAAGCAGCUCCCAGCUGCCAGAGGGAGCAAAGGCAGCACUUGGAGGGGGAUGGAGGCUCCAGGUCUUUGGCAAGGAUGUGCCAACAGAGGAAUCAUGAAAUCCCAGAGCCAGCAGCUCUUAGCACAUCUCAUGAGCACUUCUGGGAGAGCAGACCCAGCCCUUUCCACGUUUUAGGGAGCAGAAAGUGCCACCGUGGAGCCACCUGCCUGCCAAGAGAGAUGCGUGUGGCAUUUUGGGGGUGAGGCAGGCCCCUCUGUGCCACCUGCCAGUGGCAUGAGCUGUCUCAGCCAGGACAGCUCCUGUGAGAAGGGAGGUGAGAUCAGCUGCAAAGGUGCUGGGCUCUGACACGCUCACACCUCAGCCCUGCUGCAAGAACCUGGCCCCAAAAGCAAUUUAACACAACCACAGAAAGGUUGGAGGAAACAGAAAGCCUCUAACAGAGAAAAGCUGUCUGCAAGGGAAAGCAAACACGACCUUGUGUGUCCUUCCUCCUGCUGCACCCUGAAGAGUCACAGAACAUUCUGAACUGAAGGGACCCACAAGGAUCCAGCCCAGCUCCUGAGUGAAUCCCCAUCCAGGGACUGAACCUCAGCAUUUCUGGCACCAGGCUCUGCCCAGCUGAGCCCAGCCCAGGUUUGUCCUCCCUCACUGCCACACAAGGACAGCAGGACGUGGCUGCAGCUCUUGCUGGGGGCAGGGAUGCAGGGUUGGCAUCUUGAGGUGGCAGCUGCUGCUCCUCCCCUCCUGCCCUGCUGUGCAUGGAUAUCCUGGAUGGAGCCGUGCUCCUGGACUGCUGACAGCACAGGGACUGCCCAGGAGCUUUCACAGGGCUCAGAUCACCUGCCCUGAGCUAAAGGCAGCACAGAAACAGCUGCAGGAGCUCUGCUGAUCUCCCAGCCACGGAACAAGCCCCACUGCCCCGGGCUGUGCUGUUAUUGCCACCCUCAGCCAGGAUCUCCUGCCCUCUCCUGCCUCGUCUCCAUGGGCUGUGACACCUUCUGCAACUUCGACCCCUGAACCCCUGAAGCAUCUCCAGCCUAAAAUCCAGGAGCAAAAGGGCU